AUGAACAGACAUGCCAGGUUCAUCAAGCUCGGCCUCGACACAAACCCAUUGGUCGCCACUCGACUCAUCAACGACUACAUAUCAUAUUCUCAAUCUCCGACCUCUCUGAAUCACGCCCACAAACUGUUCGACCAAGUGCCCCAAAAGGACACUGUCCUAUGGACCUCCCUAAUCUCUUCCUGCACUCGCCUCAACCAACCCCACACAGCCCUCCACCUCUUCUCCCUCAUGCUCCGUCUAUCUUCCCCUUCCCUCCAACCCAACAACCCAUUCGUCCUCGCCACUGUCGCUCGCGCCAUCGCUUCUUCCCCGGAACACCUCCAAUUGGGUCAGAUCAUCCAUGCCCUUGCAAUCAAAUCUGGGUUUUUACCCAACAAUGUUGUUGUUGAAACGGCUUUUUUGGAUAUGUACUCCAAAUGUGGGGUGAUUGGGUCUGCACGUAAGGUGUUUGAUGAAAUGCCGGAGAGAAAUUUGGUUACUUGGAAUGCAAUGAUUGUUGGGUAUGUUCGUAAUGGAAUGGAAAAUUAUGGGUUGGGUUUGUUUUACCAGAUGAAGUGCCAUGAAUUAUGCACGCCGGAUGAGUUUACUUUUGGGUCUGUAUUAGCAGGUUGUGCGUGGACUCAAGAUCUGAUUUUGGGUAUGCAGGUUCAUGGGUACAUUAUUGUCAGUGGCUUUGAGUCGAAUUGUGUGAAUCCGAUCGGUAACAUGUACUUUCAGUGCGGUGAAGUUUCUUGCGCUGAAAGACUAUUGAAUGAAAUGCAAGGGAAUGUUGUUUCGAAACUCAUAAAAAUCAGAGGCUAUGUCAUUAAUCAAAGAUAUCAUGAUGCAGUUGAUUAUAUUGCUUCUGAGAAUAACAUUGCAGAAUUUUUUAAAGUGGAUAGCACUAUGUUUGUGCCUCUUUUGACUGUAUGCACAGAGCUCUUUUUGCUCAAAGUCGGAAGACAAGUCCAUGGCUUUCUUAUUGCUUUCUCUAGCUGUCAUUGUAAUAAUUAUUCAUUGGAUGAUGGCGAUGCAAUUAUUGGAAGCGCUUUGAUCAAUAUGUACAGCAAGUGCGGUAGCAUUGGUGAAGCUCGAAAAGUUUUUGAUGCUUGGCUGCCUGCCCAACUUGUGGCUCUUUGGAAUUCGAUGAUAUCAGGUUAUAUGUAUAAUGGUUUAGUUGAAGAUGCUAGGACACUGUGGGAAGAAAUGUCAGAGAAAAAUGUCAUUUCAUGGACGAGCAUGUUAUCUGGGUAUGUACAGAACAAUAUGCCACAAGAAAGUUUAGAUUUACUAGCUAAAAUGUAUUCUAACGGGGAUGGAUCUAGAGUAGAAGGGAACUGCUUCACUUUUGUAGCGGGUCUUGAAGCAUGUAGCUAUUUAACAAACUUAGAAAUGGGAAAACAAAUCCAUGCAAAGCUCAUGAGGACAUUAACUAGAGCUGAUACCAAUAAUGUGGUUGUUGGAACGGCUUUGGUGGAUAUGUAUUCUAAAGCCGGCUAUUUGUCCUAUGCACAAACUGUUUUUGAUUUGAUGGUGGAGAGAAAUGUAGUUGCAUGGACAUCUAUCAUUAUGGGGUAUGCAGUUCAUGGGUUUGGUUUUCGAGCCCUUGAUUAUUUCCAGCAGAUGAUGGAAAUGGGCGUGGAACCAAAUGAGGUGACAUUUGUGUCUGUCUUAACUGUUUGCAGCCAUUGUGGUUUGGUGGUUGAGGGGUUACAAUACUUUAAACUGAUGAAGGAGAAGUAUAGAUUAAUUCCAAGGGAAGAUCAUUACACAUGUUUGGUUGAUAUGUUGGGACGCGCUGGAAGGCUUGAGGAAGCAUGGAAUUUGCUGGAAGAAAUUGAUGUUGGAGAAAUGAGUUCUAGAGGUACCAUUUGGGCCGCAAUGCUUGGGGCAUGUCAAUUGCAUGGGAAUGUGGAAAUGGGAAGGAGGGCAGCUAAGAAGAUGUUAGAGACAAAGAAACAAAUUUUGACGACUCAUAUUGCACUUUCUAAUGUUUAUGCCGGGGCAGGGAUGUGGAAUGAAGCGUAUAGAGUGAGAGAAAAUUGGAGCAAAGAAGGUGAUGUUAAUGGGGAGCCAGGUCUUAGCCACAUCUGCACAAACCUUGUGGUUUCUUGA